ACCACACGCUUCCGCUCUUCUUACGCAAUUGGCGUAGCGUCCUCUGUCAUCUUGGCUCACCACCACCCUGGGCUGUAUAGGGGGGAACUAUUGUUUUUUGCCAUCAUUGCUCUCUUAGACCUAGUCCAAAUAAACAAUGGGAAACAGAGACGACGAAUAUGACUUUUUGUUUAAAGUUGUACUUAUUGGAGACUCGGGAGUGGGGAAGAGUAACCUGCUGUCUCGUUUCACAAGAAAUGAGUUUAACCUGGAGAGCAAGAGCACCAUAGGGGUGGAGUUCGCCACCCGCAGCAUCCAGGUGGACGGAAAGAUGAUAAAAGCUCAGAUCUGGGACACAGCUGGACAAGAGCGCUACAGAGCAAUCACCUCAGCGUAUUAUCGGGGUGCAGUCGGGGCCCUCCUAGUUUAUGACAUCGCCAAGCACCUGACGUAUGAGAACGUGGAGCGCUGGCUGAAGGAGCUGAGGGACCACGCUGACAACAACAUCGUCAUCAUGCUGGUGGGAAACAAGAGCGACCUCCGCCACCUCAGGGCCGUUCCCACCGACGAGGCUCGAGCCUUCGCAGAAAAGAACACCCUGUCAUUUAUUGAAACAUCAGCGCUGGACUCUACGAACGUAGAAGAGGCCUUCAAGAACAUUUUAACAGAAAUUUACCGCAUUGUGUCACAGAAGCAGAUAGCCGACAGAUCCGGACAUGAUGAGUCUCCGGGUAACAACGUAGUGGACAUCAGCGUCCCGCCGACCACCGACAGCCACAAGGACAGCAAACUUCAGUGCUGUCAGAGUCUGUGACGCUCGUCCUCUUGUCCACAUUCACUCCCACGUCACACCACCUGUGCACUUUUUUCCUUCCACGUAACUCCACCUACGACCAACUCAACCGUUACUUUAUCCUCUUUUUAUUUUAUUUGUCCUUGAUUCUCACUCUUGAUUCCUAGAAGUACUUUUUAAGUUACUCACGUGUGCUCCUCCCUCCCGCCCUUAGAGACACCUCUCAGAAGCCUUCAUGUCUGUGGAUCAGUUGAGUUGCAGGUGGAGUUAGUGCGAAGGUCCCUGCGAUGCAGGAGCAAGGCAGCUGCGGCUGUCCUGAUGAAGCUUGUGAAGUUGUGCUGCUGUCGUGUAAAAAGCAGGUUAGAAAUGCAUUUCAAUAGUUGCCACUAGAUGGUGCUGUGUAGACUGAAAUUGGCGGAGCAUCGUUUUCAGUUCUUGCAUUCAUCAUGCCAAAUAAAAUCACCUCACAAAGUAUUUGUUGAAGAAUAUUUGGCUUCAUUUGUAGUCUUACUUUCAGGUUAAGAAAAGUGUAAAUUUACAAUAAAAUGAUUGCAGUUUA